AUGGAGCGAGAAUUUGGUCGAAAUACAAGAACACUGUUACGGGAAAAAGAGUUGAAUCUUUUGAGUUCUUUUAUACAUAAGGAUCACUCAUUGGUACCUGCUUUAAUUGUCCAUGGCUACAAGUCAGUAGGUAAGACUUAUGUGGUAAAGAAGUUCUUAGAGACUUCACAAAUAAACCAUACAUUAGUAAAUUGUGAUGAGUGUGUCACGAAGAAGCUUCUUUUGCAAAGAUGCUUGAAGAAGAUCAGAAUUGAUAGUGGUAUUGAUCUCACUAAUUAUACUCAAACCUACAACCACAAGGGUGUUGAUACCAACAACAUUGUGCUAUCAUGUGAGACCUUUGCUGGAUUUUCAAGUGCAUUAGAUCAGUUUUUUGAAGAAACUGAAUAUAAAGAACCCCAUGUCUUAGUUUUAGAUAGAUUCGAUGAAUGCAUGGAUCAAACGAACGAUUUAUUUGCAGCAUUCUUAAGAUUUCACGAGAUAUCAAGAAUAAAAAAUUUGUCAAUUGUGUUUAUUAUAGGAACAAGAGAACCAAAAGAGAUUGCUACGAAUUCCGUACCCCACAUAUUCUUUCGCCCAUAUAGCCAAGAAGAGGUCACUCAAAUCUUACAAGCAGAAAAGUUAGGUUUCUUUAACGUGGAAAAGUUGGACAAUUCUAUCGAAGCGAGGAAUUUCUGGUACAAAUAUGCCAAAUUAAUAGUUGAUCUAUUCUUUCCAUAUACUGGUUCACACCUCACUUUAUUGAAGGAUAUCUCAUUAAAACUCUGGGAAAGAUUUAUAGAGCCCGUCGUAAGUGGCAAAUAUCAGCUCGGGGAUUUCGUCAGAUUAUAUAGGGAAAACAGCAGCUUAUUCACAGACGAGAAUGUCCUCAACAAUACCUCAAUCAAAAAUUUCGACACUUUGCAGGAAGAAGAGUCUACCAGUACAACCAGCAUGUCUGACAUUCCAAUCCAUUCAAAAUUCAUCCUAAUUGCUUCUUAUUUAGCAUCUUUCAACGAGCCUAAAAAUGAUCUUCAUCAUUUUUCGAGAUUGAAAACUAAGAAGCCCAAAAAAAGAAAAGUAUCCAGCUCGCCUUCGAAGGGGAAAAAUUCCAAGAUAGAUAUUGAUAACAGAUUACUUUCUCCAAAUUACUUUGAUUUGGAAAGAUUGUUGGCAAUUUUAUCUGUCAUAUACCGAAACGAGUCUCUGUCAUUGAAUCAAAUAGAUAAAAAUGUUACCUUAUACGACGGUUUUGACGAAAAGGGAAUCUCUAACCAAGAGCAAGAGUUUGCCGAGUUUAGACUUAGUAAAAACAUCGAUAUCAAUAGUCAAGUUGCUACAUUAGUAUCCUUAGGACUAUUGUCGAGAACAUCCGCUUCAGAUAUUCUUAAUGCUAAAGUGAGAUGGAAAUGUAACCUAAACUGGGCUACGGUUGAAAGCAUAGCAAAUGACAUCAAGUUUCCCUUGCUGAACUAUCUAUUAGACUAA